CUGCUCAAACAGCAGUCGGAGGGCAAAAAGAAGAUGCGCAUGUUUGCCAACAUUCGAGUGCCGCACGAGACUUUUAUCGAUGUGCUCAAGCGCUAAACGCAAAUCCACCGGACGCCCGCCACGCAUGUCAACUGCAGUUUGGGCCCAACGGCAAUAAUAAAACAGAAAAUCCAUGCAAUUCAGCAGGACGCGACGCGGCGCGCAUUUUAACCAAAAAUGAUCAACAGUUUUAGUGUGGCAGGUGCGGGCCCAGGUGCUGCGGCGACUGCUGCAAUUACACUGCAUUUUAACUACAACAACAACAGCAGCAACAACAAGAACAAUAAUAACAGCAGUGGCAUUAAAAUUGUGCCAGCAACAUCGAAAGAGCACAAAAGCCAAAAUUUAAUCAACAAUGCCGCCCCAGCAACAACAGCAGAAUCAACUACAACAACCACUCCAAAAAUAUUUCAAAUAACACAAAGCGAAGUUGACGCAAAGCAUUUCCUAAUGACUUUUCCGCAACAGCAACAACAGCAGCAGCAGCAGCAACAGCCGAAGCAAAAGGCCGCACUGAAAUGGAUGUCGCCUGGCAAAGUAAAUACCUCAGCAAGCACCAAAGAGCCGCAGUUUAGACAAGUCAGCAUUCAGUCCAGCAGCAGCAGCAGCAACAACCAGCAGCAGCAGCAACAGUUGCAAUUAGCAACAGCAACAGCAACAACAACAACAACAGGGAUAGCCAAAAGUGCCUUUAUUGAAGCAUGGACAAUGCCACAACAACAACAACAACAACAACAGCAACAAAGGACUGAGGACCAAGAAAAUGCCUUUCGCCAAAUCGAAGAUGUACACAAUUAUGCCAAACUGCAGCAUCAACAUCGUCAUCAGCAACAACAACAACAACAACAACAUCAUCAGCACAGCAGCAGCAGCGAACUGGGCGAGGAAGAUGAAGAGGACGACGACGACGACGAGGAUGAUGAUGAUGAGGAAGAGGAACAGGAGCAGGAGCAGGAAGCUUCUGUGUUGGCACCAACAAAGAAAACCCAUCUAAAUGUGCCUAUCAACAUAAAUGACGAUGAUUCCGAGGAGCAUCUCGAGGUGGAUGUGGUCACUGUGACACCAACGGCAACAAUUGUAGCAGCGGCAGCAGCAGCACCACAACUACAACUGCAACUGCAGCAGGAGCAGCUGAUGUCAAAGGUCGAUCAGGAGCAUAUGCGACCGGAGCAUCACGCACGACGUCCCAUGAACGCAUUUCUCAUAUUCUGUAAAAGGCAUCGCGCCAUUGUCAAAGAGCGCUACAAAUCGCUGGAGAAUCGAGCCAUCACAAAAAUACUCGGCGACUGGUGGGCCGCACUGGAUGAGCAGGAGAAGCAGUGCUUCACCGAUCUGGCGCAACAGAACAAGGAUGCCUUUUUCAAUGCCAAUCCCAAUUUCAAAUGGUACAAACUGCCCGCACCGCCGCUGCGCACGCUCGCCACGCGUCCCAGCAACGCGGCCGCCGGACAUCCCAAUGAGGAGCAGCACCAGCAGCAGCAGCAGCAGCUCCACUGGGCGCCCACUGAUGUGGCGCAUAUGCUGCGCAGCAACUAUUUUAAGUUUGCGGACGAGACGCAGAUGGGCGAGCUGAGCGCGUUGCUCAGCGCCAAUGCGGGCAAUGUGCAGGACAAGGAUUAUGCGUUGCAGCAGGUGCUCAGCGAGACAACACAAUUCCUGAGCACGCACAUGCCCAGCAGCAACAACAGCAACAACAACAAUAAUAAUAUUAACAAGCGCAUCCUGGACAGCGCCAGCAAUUCGAGCGAGGAGGAGGAGCGCGGCACGCCCAGCAAGAAGCUGAAGUCCUCGCGCAGCUGCAAGGGCAAAAUCUAUCAGGAACUGUUCAAUUCAGGCCAAUUGGCCGCCAUUGCCAAGAAGAGCAAAUGCCGCUUGAAUAGCGGCGGCAGCGGCAGCGGCAACACCGAUGCCAACAGCAACACGCCGCCCAUUUCGCCAACAGGCGCCGCCGCCGCAGCCGCAGCCGGCGCCGCAGCCACAGCAGCCGAUGGCCAGCUGCUGCAGCCGGAGGCGACAGCAGUGCGUGCGACGGCGCGUCUUAACAAUUUGCGCAGCAAUUGCGAUUCAAACGAAUUCGAUUUGGAGGAGAAGAUCAAGGAGCUGCCGGCGCUCAGUCUGGAUGCGUAUUUGCAGCGCAAGCGCAGCACCAAAAAGAAGAAGAAAUUCAGCAGCAGCAAAAAGCAAAGGAACUCCAACUCCAACAGCAGCAGCGCCCCAAGCAACACAACAGGCGCAGCAACAGCAGCAGCAACAGCAGCAGCAACAGCGACAGCAGCAACUGUUGCCGUGGGCAGCCAGAAGCGCAAGGCGCGCAAGGAGAGCAUCACGCGUCGCGAUGUCAGCGCCAUCGAGCAGGAGGUGGCCUCCAUAUUGCCCCUGACCAUAAAUGGCUGUUACUACUUCAAUGAGACGCGCGCACAGCCAGCCGCGGGUACAGCCGGGGUCGCAGAGGUCGCAGCGAUUGCAGCUGCAGCAACAAGUGCAACAAGUGCAACAACAACAACUGUUGCCGCAUCGCCGCCGCUGUCGUCGUCGUCUUCGUCGACGCUGUCCGCCUACGAGCAGGCCGGCUACGAUGUGACCACUACCUCAGAUCUACUCAUCCUCGCCGAAGUGGCCGCCAAUCGCACCGAGCUGACCAAGUCCAACUAGCAGCAGCAACAACAUCAGCAACAGUUGCAGCAGCAGCAACAUCUUGUUAGUUGUUCAAGCAGCGCGCAGCAGAUCACUUUUUGUUGCGACUGUACUUAUCCGCAUAUGUAUUUACAGACAUUGACAACUAAUUAGAAACCAAAUGUUAUGUGAUUCAACGCGCAGCAAACAAAAUUUAGACCAAUUUUAAAUUGUCGCAUAUAUAAGCUUUAAAAAAAUCGGCCCUAGUUGGAAACCAAGUUUAUGACUAUAGCCAAAACAAGAAAACAGAAAGCAAAGCUUAUCAAAGCAACAAAUUGUUAACAGAAACCAUAAAGAAGAAGAAGCAGAUAACGCGUUCCCCUUUCACAAACCGAAAAUGCACUUUCUGCUUUUCUAAGCUUUUCAUUUUCAAGCGAGCAAUUCAGUUGAUUUAAUUGCAACUUUACUAAAUAGAAAGAAACCCAAAAGGAAAAAGGUUUUAAAAUUGUUAGCCACGCCCCCUAGGGGCAAGCCAAGUGCAUUAAAUCUAUAGAUUAAAAGCUAGAAUAAACCAAUUUGUUAACUAGACUUCUCUCUCGAGAGAGAGAAGAAAAAAGUAUGUAUCAGUCACGCCUGGAUCAAUUGCAAGUCACAGUUUGAGAGACACUGCCAUCAAGUAGAUAUUUUUUUUAACAGUUUUAACAGGGUAUUGCGGUGUCGUUCACACCCGACAGCAAAGUAAGCAAUGUGAAACUAUAAAAAGAAAAAUAUAACAAAAAAAAACUAUCGCUCGUGGUGUAACGAAAUAAAUCAAAAUAUAAUAAGAUAGAACCCAUAUAUCAAUCAAAUAAUAUAUGAUAUUAUAAGAUGUGGAACAUAUACUGUAUAUAUACAUAUAUCUAUACACAUAUAUUUAAAAAAAAAAGUGCUGAAAAAUAUGAAGAAUUGCGCAUAAAUGUUGGUUUCUAGUUCGUUGUCAAGCGCUGUAUUUAUAUAUUUAUACAUAGAUAUAUAUCUAGUAAUUGUUAUUGUUUUACUUCCUUUGAUAAUGAUGAUGAUGAUGAUGAUGGCGAUGAUGAUGAUGAUGUUGAUAAUGAUGAUGAUGAUGAUGUUGAUAAUGAUGAUAUAUACGUGCCUGUGCCACGCUCUAACUGUAGCUCUAAAUUGAGAGAAUUGUGCGGCAUUAACACAUUGAGAGUAAAUAGACAUUCGUUGAUCUACAA